AUGGCGGCGGUGGUGGCGGCGCGGAGCCUGGCGCGUUCCCGGGGGUUCUUCCUGCUCCCGUCCCAGCCCGGGGGGGCCCUCCGCCCGCAGGCCCUGGCCCUCCACACCGCCGUGGGCGCCUUCGAGCUGGGGCUCCACCCGCCCCACUACCCGUGGGAGCACGGCGGCCUCCUCAAGGCCUUCGACCACAGCAGCAUCCGGCGUGGCUACGAGGUCUACAAGCAGGUGUGUUCCGCUUGCCACAGCUUGCAGUACGUGGCCUUCCGCCACCUCAUUGGGGUCACUCACACUGAAGAGGAAGCCAAGGCUCUCGCUGCGGAGAUUCAAGUGGAGGACGGACCUGACGACGAGGGCAACAUGUUCACGAGGCCCGGCCUGAUCUCCGAUUACUUCCCUAAGCCCUACCCCAACCCCGAGGCAGCUAAGGCGGCAAAUAACGGGGCCCUGCCUCCAGACUUAAGCUAUAUCAUAAGAGCCAGGCAUGGGGGAGAAGACUACGUGUUCUCCUUGCUGACUGGCUACUGCGACCCACCUGCUGGUGUGAACUUGCGCGGCGAGCUCCAUUUCAACCCCUACUUUCCUGGGCAAGCCAUUGGCAUGGCAGCCCCCCUCUACAACGAGAUUUUGGAGUUUGAGGAUGGCACCCCUGCCACCCUGUCCCAGAUGGCCAAAGACGUCUGCACCUUUCUCUGCUGGGUAUCAAUGCCGGAGCAUGAUACACGCAAGCGGAUGGCUGUGAAGGCCCUACUGCUAGGAGGCAUUUUGUUUCCCCUCUUUUUUUUGUUCAACCGACACAAGUGGACAGUACUCAAGAGCCGGCAGUUGACCUACCAGCCUCACAGAAAGUGACCCGAGAAGGGGCUGUGAAUCUCCUUGUGAUGCUGGAGCAGCAACGCCUUGUCCUCUGCCCCAGGAAUGUACGCAGCGCCCUUCGCCCGUGCAUUUGCGGUUAUUUAACAGGUCUCCAUCCAUUCAGUAACCCACAAGGUCUUAGGAAGAGGACCUUGGGAUUCAAGGGUGGCAGGCACCAAAUAAAUGAGUUUCUUCAAAAAGAAGCCAGUUGCUGUUCUGCAUGUAUCGUUAAAAAGGGGGGUUGAAAAUAAAACAGCCGCCAACAAUAA